CUCCCCAACGGAGCAGUUUCAAUCUACAACGGAUACGUUAGACGCACUGACUAUGUUUGCAAAUACGGGCGCGAGGCCGGCUUCUAUAACCCUGACAAGGGUCCUCACUGCCUCUACCCGUAUGGAGAGAAAGAGCUCCGUGGCUCUCCAUUUGAGAUCCUGGUAAACAAAGACAACUUUGAGAUUAUUGAAUGGAAGGAUGGCUCCAAUGGUUCAGUGCCUCAGAAUGCAGUCAAAACCGGCCCCGACAGCGAUGUAUAUGUUGGAAAAAACAAGUAUGGUCUUGGGAAGGUACAUGUUAAAAAUAAGGCCUUCUUCCUUCCAUGGGAAGGUGAUGAGUAUUGGUACAAAAGCUACCAGGUCCUUACCUUUAACAAAGAUGUAAUCAGCGAGGACAUAUCUGAUGUCAAGUAUAAGACUGAUGGGGUUAAAGUCAUUGAGUAUCCUCCAGAGACAAUGCACAAGUCUGUCCUCACCAACAAUGAGUGCCAGUCAGUUAGACAGACAACUACUCUCUUAAAGACAACCCAAAAGGAGCAGAGGUGGGACACCAGCUUUUCAAUCACGUUGGGCGUUAAGACUACCAUCACUGCUGGAAUCCCCUCAUUGAUCUCCGGAGGUGUUGAGGUUGGCGCUGAAACGACCCUCCAGUUCACCAAGGGGACCACUUAUACAGAGUCGACCACCCACAGUGUUUCUGUUGAGGCCAAUGUUCCACCAAACCACUCCUGCCGUGUCAGUAUGGUGGGCCAUAAGUAUGGGGCAGACAUCCCAUACACUGCACGCCUCAGCCGCACCUACAGAAACGGGGAGACUAGAUGGACGUCCAUCUCUGGGACCUACAAAAGUGUCCAAAUGGGAGAAGUCCGGGCUGUGGUGGAUCGUUGUCAACCUGUACCUGAUCCCACACCUGUUCCCGUAAUGAGAGCAGCUCCAUGAGAUAACAUGGUGAAUGUCCAUGACGUUGCAAUGAAAUGCUAAAAAUAAACCAACUUUUAUGUUUUAUAUGCUUUGACAUAUUUUGUGAGACAAUAAAACUACCUGGCAUUUUUCCAAGCAACAAAUUAAAUGUAUGUACAAUUCAAUUUCAUAUUUCAUUGUUUCGAAUAAAAUCAACUUACAUGCAAACCAAA